AGUAUGGCUCAGAACGUGACGUUGGCACGUCGUGUGUCACGGAUUGAAGGAGCCUGUUUUUAAUCAACAUCUCAGUGGUGUGUGUCAAAAAAAUAUUUCAGGUUAUUGUGUUGUGUACUUUAAAAAAGUAUUAUAUACCAUCAAGUGUUUCUAGCGUUAGUGCUACCAGUAACGUGUGGUUAUUGGCUUUUACUAAUAAGUGUUCGGAAUCUAAAACUGCGGAGUGUGAUGUGCACAGUGCUUUGGUACUUGUAAAAUGUUUAUCAAAGCGGGCCCGGCCACGGCCGAGCAGGAGCGUCGUGGAUCAGUGUCCAAUUGGUUUUCUUCAUUGCGUCGCGGUGCUGGACGACGUAAACGUGAGGAAUCCACUGUACCGACCAACUAUGGUUCAUUAGGCAGAAGGAAGGAUGGCACACAGCCGCGAGGCAAGACGAGAUCCGCAUGGGAUCUUACCACUGUCACCAGAAUGCAACUUAAAGAUGAACUUGGUGAAGUGGUGGCUGAGCUGGAAGCGUUGGACGGGCAGGAGGAGUGCAAACAGAAUAGCAAAGCCAAACAGAUGAGUAUAGGCAGAAAGAAGUUCAACAUGGACCCAAAGAAAGGGAUCGAGUAUCUCUACGAAAACGGUUUGCUCCAAAGGACGCCAGAGGAUGUCGCUCAGUUCUUACAUAAAGGAGAGGGUCUCAGCAAGACGGCGAUAGGCGACUACUUGGGCGAGCGGUCAGAAUUUAAUGAGGCAGUCCUCAGAGCAUUCGUAGAGUUGCACGACUUCACAGAUUUAAUACUAGUUCAAGCAUUGAGACAAUUCCUAUGGAGCUUUCGGUUACCAGGCGAAGCGCAAAAAAUAGACCGAAUGAUGGAGUGUUUCGCGCAACGCUACUGCCAAUUGAACCCCGACAUAUUUACUAACGCGGACACGUGUUACGUGCUCAGCUUCGCGAUAAUAAUGCUCAAUACCUCGUUGCACAACCCCAGUGUUAAGGACAAGCCGGCGCCAGAACAGUUCGUCGCUAUGAACAGAGGCAUUAAUAAUGGCGGCGAUCUACCUCAGGAACUGCUCUUGUCAUUAUACGACUCUAUAAAGACAGAGCCUUUCAAAAUACCUGAGGACGACGGCAACGAUCUGAUGCACACCUUCUUCAAUCCAGAUAAGGAGGGUUGGUUAUGGAAACAAGGUGGAAGAUAUAAGUCUUGGAAGAGGCGGUGGUUUAUAUUGAACGAUAACUGCCUGUACUACUUCGAAUACACGACAGACAAAGAGCCAAGAGGCAUCAUUCCAUUAGAAAAUAUAUCUGUACGCGCGGCUAGCGAUAGACAGCGGCCGCACUGUCUCGAGUUGUACGCGAGCGGUGGAGCAGAUCUCAUCAAGGCGUGCAAGACAGACUCAGAGGGGAAAGUGGUCGAAGGGAAACACACAGUAUACAGAAUGUCCGCAUCAACGGCGGAAGAGAGGGACGAGUGGAUAGAGUGCCUACGACGCUCAAUCAGCCACAAUCCGUUCUACGAUAUGCUCGCACAAAGGAAACGCAAGGCUCAGCAUAACGCACAUGCGCCGCAUUAGCGCUCAUUCAUAACUGUGACGCAAAUGCGCCACAACUGCGCUGCAACCGCGCCGCUAUUAUGCUGCAACUGUUCCGUUACUAUGCUGCAAACGUGCCGCAAUCAUAUUGCAAGUAUGCCACAACCGUGCCGCAACCAUGCUGCUAAUGUGCCGCAAUCAUAUUGCAAAUGUGCAAAACUAUGCUGAACUCUGGUUAGAAACGAGACAUGCUAUUUGCAAUUAAUGUUCUCGCUUUGUACUUCAAGUACUGUAAAUAAAAUAUAGGUGAAUCAUUAUGCAUACGCGGCUACUUGGUUGCCUUAUUUCAGAAUCGACAAGUUUUACAGAAGCCAAUUUAUGUUUUGUAUAAUGGUAUACAAAAAUGAAUUUACCGCAUGAAUGCAAAUUUCAUAGUAAUUGUUGAUAGACUGAAAAGAAUUUGUUUGUCCUCUAAGAUUUAUUGUAUUCUCAUAAUAAAAUAAUAAUCGAGAGAUAUGUAAUAUGCGUAUGCGGUAACUUGUUGGUUUCUUGAUGGCCCGAGUGCAAUACGGUUAAUUUUGAUGUGAUGAACAAAGAAGAAAUUCUAUCUUAUGUAUGUUUUUGUUCUUAAUAUUUUCCGUGAUGGAAUUGUAAAGAAUUGGGAAUAAAAUGUAUUUGUUACAAAAUACAACCGCAACCGUAUGGUUGGUUGUUUUCAAGAAUAUAGAGUAGUUCUUGUUGGAGAGAUGUAUAAUAAAUCGGAAACAAUAUUUACAAAUCCACUUGAAGAGUUGGAUACAGUUUUCAAUUGUUAUCGUUUUAUAUUGAUUGAGUUUUACACGUUUUUAUUGUGUUAUAAGUGCGUAUAAAGCAAAUCCAACACACAUCCUAAUGAAACCAAUCCUAAACUGAAUUUAUAAAAAUAAAAUUCAAGUUCUUCUCCUUAAUUCUUUUAUUCUUUAGUAAAGAUUGAUCAUUAUUUGAAUCACUGUAGCCAAAGCAGUUACAGUAAUUGUAAAGAGGUUUACAAGUAAUUAAAUAAUGUUUCACAUCACUGUUAUCUAUCUCUCUCUAUCAUUUACUCCACUCGUGGUUCCUCCUCGUAUUCUUUCAGUUUUAUACGCUCUUUAAGUGAUGUCUCUCUCAAAGAACACAUAGAUGCAACAAGAACUAUUUUUCAACUCACAGAGUGGGUUAAAUCCAUAUUAUAAAUAAUUAUGGUAGUAACCUUCAUUCGGAUCAUUCGAUACCUAAUGAAGAAUGUCAUCAGUGACUGAAUUUAUUUCAAUUAUUGGUCGAAACUUCUAGAUGAUUACAUAAAUAGCAACUAUUUUAAAUCAUGUUUCUAGACAUGCUAAGUAGCUUUAUAAAUGAAUUCUAUUUCAUUUAUCUAGUCAUGAUAAUCUUGAAGAAAUCGAUUUAUAUGAAUAAUCGAUGUGUAAUCGUUAAUGUUAUGUAUUAUAAUUGCAUACAUUAUUACUAUCAAAAGGAUUUAGGAAUUCGGGCUGUAAAAUCAAAGGCCUAGUUAAGCUACGGACACAAUAAAGUGUUAAGAUCAAAACAAACGUCCUUAUGUAAGUUAUAAAAUUUGUAAACGAUUAAUAAGCUUCAUUUGAACUGCAAGAAGUUCAAUACAGAUGCGAUAAAUAUACAGUCUAAUUUACAUUGAUAUGUUUCAAUAAUAUAAUAACUAGAUGCAUCUGAACUGUAUUGCACUUUUCUUGCGGUCCGAAUGUAGCCAGUUUUUAUUGAUCCUAACUUAUUUGACACUAGUGAUUAGUAAACGGAUAAAAUGUGAUAAAUUCGUGUUUAUUAAGGGCGUAUUCGAAAGUAGGGUUAAUAGCGUUAUAUGCAUAUCACAGUACGGUGGAAUACCGUAAAGUGUGAUUUUCUCAUUGUUAUAUGAAUAGAACGAAUGCAUGUAAAUAACGAAUGUAAGACUGAAAAAGCUAUAUCCCCGUCUUGGUAAUAAAUAUUCGGUUGGCCAUAAUAUUUAAAAUGUAUUUCGCAUGUGAACUGCCAAAUAUUGAAAUUUGAAACGUAAAAACGUGUUUUAACGACUUUAUCGUUUUUUUUUUUUCAAAACGGCCAUGCUUCUUGAUGUUUGACAAUAAUUUACCUGAAGUUAUUAUGUGCCACUUUUGACAGAUACCGUUUAAGUGGAGUGUGUAUUCAAGGAAAGUAUUACUUUAUCAAUAGAAUGUGUGAUUUAAAUUACAGCCGAUUAGUGUAAAAACAUUGUCUAAAGUAUAGGCUUAGUGUAAAGUAUUCAUUGCCAUUGCUUUAACCUCCUGUGUAAAUAUGGCUUGAUUACAUAGUUUUAUUUCAAUUAGCUAAAUCUGUUUGAUGUUUUGUUUAUAGAUGAAAUGGAAACAUUCCUUUAGUUAAAGGUGAUUUUUAUUGUACUGAAUCAGUGGAAUUGUAAUGAGGAUUUUCAUUUUAUUAGUUCUAUUUUGUAUAUAUUGUGGUCCCUACGUUUAUAAAGCUGUUAAUAUUAUUGAAUUUAUAUUAUGCAUGUAAUAUGUAUUUACAUUAUAAUAUAAACCAAUAGCGGUGUAUUUAUUGUUCCAAUUCAUAUUUAUUGAAUGAUUGUGUUGUAUUUUAACAAUCGGGAUAAUGAAUAGAUUCUCUAUAAUUUCAAUAUUUUUGUUAAUAGGAAGCUGUUUUAGGAUUAAGCACUUUGAGCUCGUUUAGACGACACGAAAGUGCGAGGCAGUAUUUAACUUCAUUCUUUAGGAUAUCUAUCAAAAUUACAGUAGUAGUGAAAAUUGCUUUUCAUUGCUCUGUUAGUUUAAAUAGUGUAUUUAUAUAACUAUAGCCUAUUUUGCUUUAACAGUGUAGUUUUUCGACAUGGACUAGAAGCACGACGACAUUAACAUCGUAUAAACGAGCUCUGAGUUGGCACAAAACAGUAGCAGUUCCAAAUUAGAAAAUGUUUAAAUAAAUCGUACGCUGAGAACGAUAGUGACAGAAGGCAAAAAAUGCGAUUUUGAGUAAUGAGUGUUUAAAGUUCCAAGAAAUUGUAAUCCGCUCCUCUAAACAACGUAUCGUCACUACGCCACCUAGCAGUUUCUUUGCAAACUACGUUCGUUCAAGACAACUUACGUAUCUUUGCAUUUUAAAGUUUAUACUUAUCAAAGAAAAAUGUUACCAGAAGUAAAAAAUACGUCGAUUUUGUUUAGUGACAUUGUCAUUCUCAACGUGCGUAAUAUUAAUUCUGAUCCUUAUUUCUCAGAACAUAAAGUGUGGGAUUGUUUUAACACAUAAACUCGCGGUAUACCCACCACCUGCCGCCAGUUCUAAUCGAUGUCUAAAUAAUUUUAUACUAAAUGAUUUAUCUUAGUAUUUUUAAUGUUUAUAUUUAUGAAUGUUAUAUUUUAUGCGCCAUGAUUGUUUCAGUCUCCACUGACCUUUACAUUUCGUUGGGAGAAUGGUGCCUAAAAUCAAUUGAUCUGUAAUUAAGUUAAAAAUUAGUUUAGUUAUUGUAAUGCGCUGUAUAUUAGCCUAGAAAAAAAUGUUAAUUUAUCUCAAUUGUAAUGUUUUAUAUGACAACAUAUAUUGCAUAAUAAUGGUGUUGUAAAUAAUUUUAUAAGAAAAGGAAUAUACAUAAAUAUCUUUAUU